UACAUCCAAGCAGUAGUCCGGUUCACCUCGCCAGCAAUGGACGCCGGUGCUCUAGCUGGGUGUUUGAGAGACAAGAGCGUCCUCAUCACAGGCUCAACUGGAUUCCUCGGAAAAUUAUUCGUCGAGAAGAUAUUGAGGGUUCAGCCCGCUGUCAAGAAGAUCUACCUGCUGGUGCGCGCCUCCCAUGGUGCGUCUGCCGAGCAGCGUGUCAUGUCCGAGGUCACUGGAGAGGCAGUCUUCGAUAUCCAGCGUGAAAAAUACGGUCCCGUUGGCUUCCAAAACUUCAUCAAAGAAAAGGUAGUUCCUAUAGACGGAGAUAUCAUGCAUGACAACCUCGGUCUUGAUAGUGCUCAAGUGUCAGUCUUGACGAAAGAAGUUGAUGCUAUCAUCAAUGGAGCUGCCACAACUAACUUCUAUGAAAGGUACGAUGUGGCUUUGAAUUCAAAUGCCUUAGGAGCCAAAAAUGUAUGCGAGUUUGGAAAGAAGUGUUGUAAUAUGAAACUCUUACUUCAUGUUUCAACAGCUUUUGUAGCUGGUACCCAAGAAGGGUUGCUGCUUGAGAGAGCUUUCCAUAAUGGUGAAACACUAAGAGAAGGUUACUACUUGGACAUUGAAGAAGAAUUACAAUUGGUUAGGAAUGUGAAGACAGAACUCAUGGAAGCCUUGAGUGAUAAUUCAGAAAAAUUAGAGAAAUCUAAAAUGAAGGAACUUGGCUUAAAGAGGGCUUGUCAUUUUGGAUGGCCAAACGUAUAUACAUUCACGAAGGCAAUGGGGGAAAUAUUACUUGGUCAAUACAAAGGAGAGCUUCCGAUUGUCAUUAUUAGACCCACCAUGGUCACAAGCACUUAUCAAGAUCCAUUUCCUGGAUGGAUUGAAGGAACGAGGACAAUUGACGCUCUAAUUGUCGCCUACGAUGAGCAAGCACUGCCAUGUUUUCUAGGUGAUCGUAACGACAUAAUUGAUUUGAUUCCGGCCGACAUGGUAAUAAAUGCUGCAUUGGUAGCAAUGGCAGUUCACUGGAAUGAAAAAUUGCAGGUCAUUUACCAUGUGAGCUCAUCGUGCCAGAACCCACUUUCAGUUAAUGAUUUUGUGGACUCAUGCUUCGAUUACUUCUCCAUUAGUCCUCGUAUAUUAAAUGGGAGGGUCCUCCAAACAAGAAGACCAUACUUGUUCAAGAGAUAUGCUUUCUUCCGUGUUUGUCUUAUGAUCAUAUUUUCGCUACCACUAAUGAUUUUGGAAGGAUUCAAUUUGUUAUUAUGUGGGUGUUUUUCCCGAUAUUGCAAUGACCUCAACCGGAGAUACAAUUUCUUAACACUCCUUGUGAAGUUGUAUGCACCAUAUGCAUUCUUUAAAGGACGCUUCGACGACAGCAACUUAACAUGGCUAAGGAUGGAAACAAAGAUAUGCAAUGUCGAUGGUGGAAACCUUAAUUUUGAUCCCAAGCAGAUUAGUUGGCACUCAUAUCUCAUUAGUGUCCAUGUCCCUGCCGUCCUGAAGUACGCUCAGAUGAAGAAGGGAACCACAUUGCGCAGAACAUCCUACUCCUACUCACAAUAAGAACAUGAAAGAGCUCACCGUCCCAAUCAAGUUGCAAUACAUUAUAUUUUGUUGCAAUGACGCAUAUAUAUGCAAGAUUGUUAGAGAUGUGCACAUCUCGACUCCCAGAUUAUAUUGAAUAAAGAAAAGAAUCAUAUGGAAAAUUCAACUAUGUCACAUUGUACAAAUGAGAUAAUUUACCUCUUCACAAAGUUGUGCAGAUAGUUUUGUAGGACUACGACAUCC